AUGCCGCCGCGGCCGCGGAAGCGCCUCGCCCGCGCCGCGCUGCUCGCCGCCGGGGCCGGCUACGUCGCCUUCCUCCUCCUCUUCGAGCUCCCCUCCCUCGCGCUAUUCUCCUCCUCCGCGGGGGCGGGGGGCGGGGCGUCGAUGCCCACCCACCGCCCCCGCCGCCGCGAGCUGGAGGCGGAGUCGGCGGCCGCCUCGCGGUUCUCUCCUCUACGCCCCGCCAAGGACGCGUUCCCCGCGGCGUCCCCCGCGCCGGCGGCGGCUGCGCUACCACCGAUCUUCUCGUCGCUGCUGCUCCUCCCGCGGCCCAACGCGACCGCCACCCCGUUCGACGGGACGGCUGCCGAGGCGUUCGCGGCGGCGAGGCCCCACCUGGAGCACCUGCGGGUGGGUGGCGGGGGGGAUGCUGCUGCUGCGGCGGCGGCUUCGUCGUCGCCACCGCCGUCGGCGCCAACCUGCCCGACCUCGAUCUCGGUGCACGGGGACCAGCUGCCGGGCGACGGGGUGCGGACGGUGGAGCUGCCGUGCGGGCUCGCGCUGGGGUCGCACGUCACGCUGGUGGCGCGCCCCCGGCCGGCGCGGCCUGAGUACGACCCCAAGAUCGCGGAGCGCAAGGACGGGCAGGCGCCGCUCAUGGUGUCGCAGUUCAUGGUGGAGCUGGUCGGGACCAAGGCGGUGGACGGGGAGGCCCCGCCCAGGAUACUGCACUUCAACCCCAGGAUCCGCGGCGACUACAGUGGCAAGCCGGUCAUCGAGAUGAACAGCUGCUACCGGAUGCAGUGGGGGCAGUCGCACCGCUGCGAGGGCUACGCGUCCCGCCCCGCCGAGGAGACUGUUGAUGGGCAACUUAAGUGUGAGAAAUGGAUUCGUGAUGACGACAAGAAGUCUGAGGAAUCGAAGAUGAAGUGGUGGGUGAAACGUCUGAUUGGUAGGCCAAAGGAUGUCCACAUCAGUUGGCCAUACCCGUUCGCAGAAGGCAAGCUGUUUGUUUUGACUCUAACAGCUGGUUUGGAAGGUUACCAUGUCAAUGUUGAUGGGCGGCAUGUCACUUCUUUUCCUUAUCGCACUGGUUACACUCUUGAGGAUGCAACUGGCUUGUCUCUGAAUGGAGACAUCGAUAUUGAAUCCAUUUUUGCUAGUUCCCUGCCCAAUUCACAUCCUAGUUUUGCCCCAGAGAGAUACCUUGAAAUGUCUGAACAGUGGAGGGCACCACCACUACCAACCGAGCCUGUUGAGCUUUUUAUUGGAAUUCUCUCAGCAGCCAGCCAUUUUGCUGAGAGAAUGGCUGUACGUAAGUCGUGGAUGAUGUAUACAAGGAAAUCAACUAAUAUAGUAGCUCGGUUCUUUGUGGCUCUGAAUGGAAAAAAGGAGGUCAAUGCAGAGCUGAAAAGGGAAGCAGAAUUCUUUCAAGACAUUGUUAUAGUGCCUUUCAUGGAUAGCUAUGAUCUUGUUGUUCUGAAGACCAUCGCUAUUGCUGAGUAUGGGGUGCGGGUCAUACCUGCAAAAUAUAUCAUGAAAUGCGAUGAUGAUACCUUUGUUAGAAUUGACUCUGUACUGGAUCAAGUGAAGAAAGUUCGCAGUGAUAAGAGUGUGUACGUAGGAAGCAUGAAUUACUUCCAUAGGCCACUAAGGUCUGGCAAGUGGGCUGUAACUUAUGAGGAGUGGCCUGAGGAGGCAUACCCAAAUUAUGCCAAUGGUCCUGGCUAUGUGAUUUCAGCAGAUAUUGCACGCUACAUCGUAUCUGAAUUUGACAAUCAGACACUUAGGCUAUUUAAGAUGGAAGAUGUAAACAUGGGCAUGUGGGUCGAGAAGUUCAACAACACACGCCGGCCAGUCGAAUACCGGCACGAUGUCAGGUUCUACCAGUCUGGCUGUUUCGAUGGGUACUUCACAGCUCACUAUCAGUCCCCUCAGCACAUGGUUUGCCUUUGGAGGAAACUGCAGUCCGGGAGUACCCAAUGCUGCAACGUGAGAUGACAGUGGCAUCAAAAUUUCGCCGCGUUUUGGAGCAAAUAGAGACGAUUAACUCGUAGCUCAGCCUCAGCUCUCUCGCUUAUGUAACAUCAGAAAAUCAUCAGCAUUCAGCGACGCUGACGGUUCGGAGGAGCUCUCAUCUUCUGGACCGCACUUGAUAUGAUUCGUUCAUUCUUUUGGUCGGUGGCCCGUUUCAAGCUGCUGAUUUCUGACACCCGAUCGAUGUUCUUGGGGAUUCUUUCACAUGUUGAUAUCUAUACUCGUGUCAAAUUUAUUUGACCUA